ACGUCAGCUGGCCGCCGCAUCAGAGCUUCCUCUGCUGAUGUGCGCAAAGUGAAAGAAGCUACAUGAUGCUCCCUAUUCCUGCUGCUGGACUUAUUUUAAUGUUAGCUUGGAUUUAUCCAAGUUACGCGCUCUAUUUCCACAUAGGAGAGACCGAGAAAAAAUGCUUCAUUGAAGAAAUUCCAGACGAGACCAUGGUUAUUGGAAAGUACAGGACUCAGCUGUGGGACAAGCAGACAAACUCCUUCCUCCCAUCCACCCCUGGCCUUGGAAUGCAUGUGGAGAUCAAGGAUCCAGAUACAAAGAUAAUCCUCUCUCGUCAAUAUGGGUCGGACGGACGGUUCACCUUCACCUCCCAUACUCCUGGAGAACAUCAGAUCUGUUUGCAUUCCAACUCCACCAAGAUGGCUCUGUUUGCAGGAGGAAAACUGAGAGUGCAUCUGGAUAUUCAGGUUGGAGAACAUACCAACAACUACCCUGAAAUAGCAGCUAAGGACAAACUCACUGAGCUGCAGCUGCGAGUCCGACAGCUGCUGGACCAAGUCGAACAGAUCCAGAAGGAGCAAAACUACCAGAGGUAUCGCGAGGAGCGGUUUCGCAUGACGAGUGAGAGUACCAACCAGCGUGUUCUGUGGUGGUCCAUCGCUCAGACACUCAUCCUCAUUGUCACCGGCAUUUGGCAAAUGAAGCACCUCAAAAGCUUCUUUGAAGCCAAGAAACUGGUGUAAUGUCUGUCUGAGCAACGGCAGCAUUGGGAAACAACUUAAACAUGAGUAGACAGACUUUACUGACCGAAAUGAAGAGACGCCCACUGCAGUGCAGAAACAUCCAGGAGGAGACGUGGUCUUAAUAACAGCCAUAAAUGGUACGGGCUAAUUUACAGAGGCAGUUAUCAAUCCUGGGCAAAUGAAUUUCUUCUUGUAAAUGUUUUUGUUUAUUUUUAUUUUUCUGUUAGCAACAACAUUCCAACUGCCUUUCUUGUUGUGUUUGUUGUGUUUUCUUGACAACACUGGACAUGACAUUUUUCUGUUUUCCUGUUCAAGUGAACCCAGAUUGUUUUAUGGUGACACCAGAGUGAACAGCCACUGCAAUAGAUAUGUUACAAGUAGUAACCGAGUAGUUUAUUGAUACAUGGUUUUAUGUAGGCCAUUGUUUGGCAUUGUCAUUGUUGCACGUAUUUUUUCCAGGUUUUGUAACUUCUAACUGUAGGCUUUCAGCUGCUUUCAUUAAGUGGUUACACUUAUGCAGAUAUUAUACCUGCCUUGAUUCCUUACAUGUCAGUUUGAUAACACCUCAGUUAAACCCUUAUAUCUAGCAUGUAUAAGCAGUAUAUAAACCCUUAAUAACUGGUUUAUUAUACAGUAAUAUAGUUAUAAGCAGUGUUGAGGACAUUUUUGUGUUUAAUAAUGUAUUGCCUCAGAAGACAGCAUUCAUAACUGGUCAGUAAACCGUUAACUAAUCAUUAAUAUCACAGUAUAACAAAGCUUUAACUUACACAAGAUUCCUCAAUGUGUUAUAAAACAUUUAUUAAUGAUUUCUAAACAAAAACAAAUCAUUCACAAGCAGGUUUAAAACUGUUUACAAAUGUCUUCAGAUCUUUUGAAGACAUGUUGAGGUUCAUCUGUGAUUUUAGAAUUUGUGAUUUGACAGAGUUCUUAAAGGAGCUGCAUGCGAUAUUCAGAUCAUAUAUGAUUCAUAGUCUGAGCUGGGAUUGUCUGCACACGGCUCUCAACAUGGAGGCAGCUGAGACAGCAGCUAACGAAGCUAACUGCACAAACAGUGCUAACAAUGGCAACAGUGCUGACAGAGCUGAUGGUGUAAAUGUGGGGUUGAACCACAGAGUGGGCAGUAACCACUGCAAUAUGAACGAUCCUCAAGGAACAGUUCUGGGUCAGUCAAAUUAUGCUAAAGGGCCCAAAAAUACUUAUUUCCAUAGACUGAUAUUGUGAAAGAGACGUCUGUAAAUCAUCUGUGGAUACAUUUUUGACCGACUCGUUUCACCAUCAGCAUUUGACCCAUUCGGUCCAAUAAAAUUUCGAAAUUGAAAAUUGAUUGAAUCAUUUUUAACUAAAAGUCAGCUGUUCGGUUGGUGGAAUUCUCUGGUGCUUUUUCCUCUAUGGGCCCAAUAAUGCAGGAGCUCUUGUUAAUUUUAUACCUUGGAAGCUUAACUUUUUUGUGUCAUGUGCCACUGAGCAGCUUUCAUAAGAACGAACAGGACCUGGCCUACAGCGCUGUAUCCUGUUCCGUUAUACAUUCGUGGCUUGAGGGCAGUGCGGAGCGGCAGCGUUCAGUUUGUCAGUAGGAUAUACACACACACUGCACUCACAUGCACAUUGGGCCUCGCUGUCUACCACAACAAAGAACAGAGAAACUCGGAUUACAGUACACACAGAGGUAGCUUGGCUUCAUUCUCUGCUCAGGAUGCCAUUACUCCAGUGUAUCUUUACACAGCAAAUGGUUUGCUGCUGUAUUAAUGUUCUGAAUGUCACAUACAGCAUCUUUAACUUAAGGGCUACUCACUAGUUUUCUUCAAAAGAUUUCAGCCUCAUCUUGUUGCCUUCAUCAGCUAAUAGAGAAGGGUCAGAUGUGUUGAAGGAUAAAGAUGGUAUAUUUACAGAUAAAUAACUCAUUAAUAGAUACAUUAAAAAAUACAUGGAGUCAAAAAAAGAAAGAAUACCUUGUUUUAUAUUCAUAUAACGUUGUCAAUUACUCAUAUGUUUAUACACCAGUUACAAAUGCUUCACAGGAAAAGUUAUACUUGUUGACAUUACUAAACACCUAAAAUGUACUUAGAUCUUUUAACAAUCAAAACUGUUUAUAUGAUGCUUAUAAAUGUGAAAUGGAGGGUCAAAUGAAUUGUUGCCACCCAUCCUUCAACAGACUGUAUAUAGUUUCUUGAGUUCAGUUUCCUGUACAUUUUACCAGAGCUAGAGCUGUAGAUACAGGUUGUGAUAACAGGAUUCUACUGUGUGUUGUAAAUAACAGGUAUAGUGUAUUGACUUUCCUGUUCAUUUUCUAAUGCCUUUUACACUUACUGAAUGUCUUUUUGAUUGUGUUACCAUCUUUGUCAUAGAACGUAUUUAUUGAGCAGUUGUGGCAUGUGUUUUAUUGCUGAGCUUAAGCCAAAUUUUCUGUAAUUUCAUAAUUUCAUGAGCUAUUUUGGGUUCUGUUUGUCAGUGCUGGGCAGCAUUUUGAGACUUUGGCAAAUUCAGAAUAAUAAAGAGUCAUUCGAAGGAAAUAUAUUGAGUCAGUGGGUUCAAAUUUUACUGAAGUCCUAAUUUUUUACAUGGCAAAUUUAGAUACAAGACAGAUUCUCAAGAGGCAAUUUGGGCAUUAAAAUUAUUUUCCAAGCUGAUAAAAGAUCACUAUCAAAAAAAAAUUUUCACUGUGGCCCAGAAGUCAACUCUGUGUGCUUAAUAAAGAAACUUUGGCCAAACUA